AUGGAGAGGUUGCAGUCGUCCAUGCGUAAAAGGCUCUACAGUUUGCCACAGCACAUUGGACACAAAGCGUCCAUCAUGGGGGAAGGAGAAGACGGAGACAAGGACACCCGAAGGAAGAGCAUCAGGAUGAAGCCUCUGCCGUCCCCGUCGCCGACCUCUGGGGGAAGCUGCAGAGGCAUCGGGGAAACCAAAAGUGGGGAAUCGGUCAUCAUGGAGACGGACAUUGGGAGACAAUCGAAGACGAGCUCGAACGGAGAUUGCCGUCGGUUUCGUGGGAGCCUCUCCUCCAUCACAAGUCGGCAUGUGCACGACUCGGAGUCCGCGGAGGAGAGGCGACUCAUCACCGAGGCGGGGGACGUCACCCCGAGCGAGGAGAGCCCCCCCGGAGCGGUCGGUGGCGGGCCGGAGCAAGUUGCGCAAGGAGCCAGUGGGAGCCAUGAUGGUUCCCCGGAUCAACAAUCAGGGUUCAUAAAGUUAGAUGGCAGUGAUCAGAUUUCGCCGGACGAUGAGACGUUAUAUCAAGCAGGGUUCAUGCACAGACAAUUUGGAGCAAUGCUUCAACCAGGGGUCAAUAAGUUCUCCCUUCGGAUGUUUGGGAGUGAAAAGGCUGUAGAAAGGGAACAAGAGCGGGUUAAAUCCGCUGGAUUUUGGAUAAUUCACCCAUACAGUGAUUUCAGGUUCUACUGGGACCUGACCAUGCUGCUGCUGAUGGUGGGCAACCUGAUCAUCAUCCCCGUGGGCAUCACCUUCUUCAAGGACGAGCACACGCCCCCCUGGAUCGUCUUCAACGUGGUGUCGGACACCUUCUUCCUCCUGGACCUGGUGCUCAACUUCCGCACGGGCAUCGUGAAGGAGGACAACACGGAGAUCAUCCUGGACCCGCAGCACAUCAAGAUCAAGUACCUGAAGAGCUGGUUCGUGGUGGACUUCGUCUCCUCCAUCCCCGUAGACUACAUCUUCCUCAUCGUGGAGACGCGCAUCGACUCGGACUUCUACAAGACGGCCCGGGCGCUGCGCAUCGUCCGCUUCACCAAGAUCCUCAGCCUGCUGCGCCUGCUGAGGCUCUCCAGGCUCAUCCGCUACAUCCACCAGUGGGAGGAGAUCUUCCACAUGACCUACGACCUGGCCAGCGCCAUGGUGAGGAUAGUCAACCUGAUCGGGAUGAUGCUGCUGCUGUGCCACUGGGACGGCUGUCUCCAGUUCCUGGUGCCCAUGCUGCAGGACUUCCCCCCCGACUGCUGGGUGUCCAAGAACAAAAUGGUGAACGACACCUGGGGCCAGCAGUACUCGUAUGCCCUGUUCAAAGCCAUGAGCCACAUGCUGUGCAUCGGCUACGGCAUGCACCCCCCGGUGGGCAUGACGGACGUGUGGCUGACCAUCCUCAGCAUGAUCGUGGGCGCCACCUGCUACGCCAUGUUCGUGGGCCACGCCACCGCGCUCAUCCAGUCCCUCGACUCGUCCCGCCGCCAGUACCAGGAGAAGUACAAGCAGGUGGAGCAGUACAUGUCCUUCCACAAGCUGCCGGCGGACAUGCGCCAGCGAAUCCACGACUACUACGAGCACCGCUACCAGGGCAAGAUGUUCGACGAGGACAGCAUCCUGGGGGAGCUCAACGAGCCACUGAGAGAGGAGAUCAUCAACUUCAACUGCCGUAAGCUGGUGGCGUCCAUGCCUCUGUUUGCCAACGCCGACCCCAACUUCGUGACCUCCAUGCUGACCAAGCUGCGGUUCGAGGUGUUCCAGCCGGGCGACUACAUCAUCCGGGAGGGCACCAUCGGCAAGAAGAUGUACUUCAUCCAGCACGGCGUGGUCGGCGUGCUGACCAAGGGCAACAAGGAGACCAAGCUCUCCGACGGCUCCUACUUCGGGGAGAUCUGUCUGCUGACUCGCGGGCGGCGGACGGCCAGCGUGCGGGCGGACACCUACUGCCGGCUGUACUCACUGUCGGUGGACCACUUCAACGAGGUGCUGGAGGAGUACCCCAUGAUGAGGAGGGCCUUCGAGACCGUGGCCCUGGACCGGCUCGACCGCAUCGGCAAGAAGAACUCCAUCCUGCAGCACAAGGUGCAGCACGACCUGAGCUCCGGCGCCAUGAACUACCAGGAGAACGAGAUCAUCCAGCAGAUCGUGCAGCACGACCGGGACAUGGCCACCUGCGCCCACCUGCUGCAGAACCUCCCCCCCCAGCCGCCGCCGUCGCCGCCCCCGGUCAUCUGGGCGCCCCUCGUCCAGGCGCCUCUCCGGGCCGCCGCCGCCACCACCUCCGUGGCCAUCGCCAUGACGCACCACCCCCACUUCCCCCCGACGGUCUUCAGGCCCCCGGUGUCCCUCCUGGGCCCCCUCAAAGACCCCCCCUGUCGGCUGAAGAAGUUCCGCGCGUCGGCGACCUCUUCCACCACGCCCGGGUCGGCCGACGACUCCCCCGCGGGGACUCCCUCGAAGCUGCACGGGGGGGCCGACAUGUCGCUGCUCGCCGCCUUCCGAGCCCACCACAUCGCCUCCGGGUCGGGGGCGGGGGGGGGCUCCAGCCAGCAGGCCUCCGCCAGUGGUGGUCCUCGUGGGACUGGCUGUACCGGGGCGUCGGCGUUCCCCUUCGGACCCCCCCGCUCCUCCUCCGGUUCCCCGACCUCUAGCCUGGCCCAGCUUUACCACCCCCCCCCCCAGCACCACCUACCGCUCCGCUCCAGCACCCCACCCCUGUCCACCCUCUUCCACCAGGGGGCGAUGGGCGGGAGCACGGGGUCGGGGCUGGGCGGGGGGGCGGGGGGGGGGGGGCAUAAACGGGGUUCAAUAGGAGGUACUUAUACAGGGGGAGGGGCAUCCGGGCACAUAGGGGGGACGUCAGGGGGAAUGACAGCCGGAGCGUUAGGCUCUCCCGGCUGCCAGAGUAACAUCAGUCCCAUCUCCACCGGGUCGACCAGCUCCAUGCCCGGCCAGCUCACCAAGCUCCCUCAGGUGGGGUCGCUGCAGCAGUUCUCCGCGGGAGGUCGGACUGCUGGCGGACUGAACCUCUUCCACUCCCCUCCGCAAGGAUCCCCGGCCUCCAGUAAGGGCCAGCCCGUCCAGCAGCAGCCUCUGGAGGGCUCCCCGUCGUCGGCGGGCCUGGUCAGCCUGGCCGUCCUGCGGUCCGCCCUGCUGCCCCACCAGCUGUCCCUGGAGAGGUCCGCUCUGGCCUCCCUGGCCCAGUACGGCUCGGCCAACGCCUCGCCCUGUCUGACGCCGCUGGCCCCCAGCCCCACCGUCCAGAGCCCGGUGGCCGGUCGGACGUUCCACUACAGCGUCCCCUCCAGCGCUGCCGGCUCCCGGAGCUCGCUGCUCAUGCUCCAGCCCUCCCUCCCGCCCCAGACGCACACGGGCCCCGGGAGGGAGACGACGGGCCGCUUCUCGGAGGACCUCAGACUCUUGUCCUGCUCCCGCACGUCCCUGCCCGAGGAGGUGGCUCAGGCCCUGGGACACCCGCUGCCCCGCAGUAGCAUCCAGCUGGACACGGGUUACUACCCGUCGCCCUUCUCCUCGCCCACCCUCGUGCCAAAGCCCCGCAGCCCGAUCCCGGGGCACAUAACUCCUCCCUUCCAGGUGUCCCCAGGCCCCCCGCACCAGACUCUGGCGCCGUCGUCGUCGUCGUCGUCGGGCCCCGGGCAGCCCCCCUCCCGGAGGGGCUCGGAGCUGGAGCCGCCGCAGACUGUGCGCUCCAAACUCCCGUCCAACUUGUGA